AUGCGGGAAAGGCAGAGCUGCGGGCAGUGUCUGCAGGUGAAGAUCACAUCCAGUGUGGCAGCAGAGCACCGGUCAAUUAUGGAGAGGGUGAUUAUGUUCCUGCUCAGCCAGGUGGUGGACAUACCUUCGCAAGAUGAGGCGCUGUUUUCUUUGCACCCUCACAUAGAAAGUGGCAAACUGUUGUGGAGAGAUGGUGAAGAUAGUGAAGCGGUGGGCUUCUGUACGGUCAAACACAAAGCUAGUUUGUGCGGCCGUUUCCUCAACCGGCAGUACCUGCUGCCUGUUCUCGACACAGUUCUGGUGAGGAGGCGCUGUUGGAGGAGAGGCCUUGGUCUUCACAUGCUGGAGGAUUUCUGCCGCUCCUUUUCCAAAGAGGAUGUCCGGGGAGUCAGCGCUCCGUUAUCACCUGGCAUGGUGGUAGAUCAGCGAUGGUCACCGUUAUCACUCUGCACACUGGCCAUAGUGCAGGAGGUUGUAAUCGCUCCUAUAGUUCUGGUCUUUAGUUCAAGCAGUCCGGCGUUCGAUCCCACCGCCGUCCCGGCCACAAGGGGCCUACGGUCACAAAUGGAAAUGUGUAGGCACUUCCUGCAGGAACACAAGAAUCACAGAGAGCAUCUCCACGAGGUGGAGGCCCCUGGAAGUUGGACUCAACAACGAAACAUCUGGCUCAGCAUCCAGCUUGGAUAUUCCUGUCACAGUAUUAAUGAGGAGAGAAGCCCGUCUGCAGGAGAGAUGGUGAGAAAUGAAGAAGAUUCAUCUAAGAAGAAGUUGAUUAAUAACUGGGAGCAGGACGUGGCCUCAGUCAACACCUGUGAGAAAGACACACUCGCUCCACUUCAAGUAGACGUUUCUGAAUAACGCAUAAAGUCUUGUGGCACAAACCUGGGAGGAGACGUCCGAGGCACGAUGGUCUCCGGGACAGGAUGUAGCCCAGGGGCCCACACUGACGAUCAGGAUCGUGGACAACCUCCCACCAAGUCAAUAAAGUCUUGGUCUUGCACAGAAAAUACAAGUCCUCUGAGUCUGCAGAUCCUCACAGCGUGCAGCCAGAUCCACGGGAAAUGCUCAAAAGUGCCAAGCGAAUUAGGACCCUGAG